CUAGCUCUUCUGCUGAUACUACCGUAAAACUAUGGGACCUUCAAUCAUUAAAAUGUGCACAUUCGUAUGAUCAUCACAAAGACAAAGUGCAACAGGUGGAAUGGCAUUUAAUUGAGCCUACCAUUAUGCUAACCGCAUCUUUUGAUAAAACUGCGGUUGUAUUUGAUAGUCGUUCGCCUAAAAAUGUCGCAUCUUGGAAUCUAGGAAAUGCAGAUCCAGAAUGUAUACGUUGGGAUCCAUUUUCGCCUCAAUAUUUCUACGUGAGUACAGAAUCUGGGCUGGUUUUGUGUUUUGACGCGAGAAACUCUGACAAAAUAGCACCGGUCUUCACAUUACAUGCGCAUGAUAAUGCUGUAACAUCUUUGGAUGUGAAUCGACUGGUUAGAGGAUGUAUGAUUACUGGAUCAACAGAUAAAAUGGUUAAGGUUUGGAAUUUUAAGGAUAUGAAACCAACAAUUGUCACAAGCCGAGAUUUGGGUGUGGGAAAAGUUUUUUCUGCGCAAUUUUGUUUAGACUUACCCUUUAAUAUGGCUGUAGCUGGUUCAGAUGGGAAUGUAAAAAUUUGGGAUUUAUCAACCAAUGCUGGAGUAAGAAGCUCGUUUAAAGAAUCGAUUAAUGCGCCUUUCAAAGACAACAUACAUACUGUAGAUAAAACUGUUUCUGUCUUACGAGAUGAAGGAA